AUGGCCAACAGAGGAGGCAGGAGAGAUGUCCUGCAAACACUGGAUGACAGGGAAUUAUUGAGACGCUACAGAUUGGAUCGAGCAGGAAUCAUGUUUGUGGUGGAUCUCCUUAGAGAUGCAAUUACUUCAACUCGACGCCACAACGCUUUUACACCGGAGAAGAAAGUAAUCACAACCCUGAGGUAUUUGGCAACAGGGAAAAUGCAACAAUGCAGCAGUGAUGACUUGGGUCUGUCCCAAUCCUCCGUCAGCAGAGUCAUCACCCAAACACUGACAGCUUUGUCACAACCUAAUAUUGUGACACAAUUUGUUUCAUUCCUGGAUGCCCGCACUUUACACACACAUAAAAGGGCAUUUAUGGACAUUGCAGGAUUCCCUGGCGUUGUGGGUGUAAUUGAUGGAACACAUGUGAGAAUAAUUGCGCCAUCAGAGGACGAGGCUGUCUUUGUUAACAGGAAGAAUUUCCACAGCAUCAAUGUGCAAAUAGUGUUCAAUACGGCCUGUAAGAUUUUGGACAUUGUGGCUAGAUGGCCAGGCUCCACACAUGAUGCGAGAAUGCUCUCCGAGAGUGGCAUCAGACAGCUUUUUGAGAGACGCUAUGUGCCAGCUAAUUGCCACUUGUUAGGGGACAGUGGCUACCCAUGCAAACCAUGGCUCCUUACACCUUACCUCCAGCCACGCCAAGGGCCCCAACUAAACUAUAACAGGGCCCACAAGACAACAAGAGCGGUGGUGGAGCGUGACAUAGGCCAGCUUAAGAGGCGCUUUCAUGUUCUCCACGGAGAGGUGCGGCUGAGGCCUGAAAAAGUCAGCAAAGUCAUCAUAGCCUGUGCAAUAUUACACAAUAUUUGCAAGAUUAGACAGAUUGCAGAACCUCUGGAGGAUGGCGAUGAGGAUGAAGACAACGCUGAGGAUGGUGGGAUGCUGACGGAGCAGGUGCUGCGGAUGGGAAUGGUGUUUGAUCCGCCGGGCUAUCCUGAGUAG